AUGAGCGAAGAUAUGGAAGAGCUGGAGAUGACCGAAGAGAAAGACUGGACUGAACUGGAGCCAAACUAUGCGCUAAAAGUUUUUCUGACUAUUUUAUACAGCCUCAUUCUGGUCACUGGCAUCGUGGGCAACUCCAUAACAAUUCGAGUCACGCAAGUAUUGAAGCAAAACGGUUACUUGCAGAAAAACGUCACGGACCACAUGGUUAGCCUAGCAUGCUCCGACUUGCUAGUCUUGCUAAUCGGAAUGCCGGUGGAGUUGUACAGCGCCAUUUGGUUUCCGUUUUCCUCCGCUUCCGGGAAUGCUUCGUGCAAAAUCUACAACUUCCUCUUCGAAGCCUGCAGCUACGCCACCAUCUUGAACGUGGCUACGCUUAGCUUCGAGCGCUACGUCGCUAUCUGUCAUCCGUUCAAGUUUAAGAUGCUAGGCGGGAAGAGGACGUCCGGGUUGAUUACGUUUGCCUGGUUGGUGUCCGUGCUAGUAGCUUUGCCGCUACUGGUGGCGACGGGAACGCAAGGGCAUAUUCCGAUUCGCCAAGACACGCCGGUGCAGAAUUUGACGUUUUGCACCAACCUGAGGGACCGAUGGAUGAUGUUUCGCGUUAGCAUCUUCAUAGCGUUUUUGGUUUACAUGAUCGUGCUGGUCUGCGUGGCGUUCAUGUGUCGAGCCAUGAUCCUGGUUUUGAGAAGACAGAUGAGUUCUUCCGACAAAGACGCUAACGGGGGCCACGCAAUGUCGAAGCACGAAAGUCCCAAACUGAAAAUGGCCCGCAAGCAGACUAUCAUUUUUCUCGGUCUGAUUGUGGGCUCUCUCAUGGUGUGCUGGCUCCCAAACCAGAUCCGUCGUCUGAUGAUGGCAGCCGUGCCCAAGUCUCGCUGGACCGUGCCGUACUUCCACAGCUACAUUACUCUCCACCCCAUCGCCGACACCUUCUUCUACCUCAGUUCCGUCAUCAACCCCUUCCUCUACACCAUCUCCUCGCGGCAGUUCAGAGAGGUGUUUUUCCAGGUGUUGAAAUGCCGCUUGACGAUCCAACACGUGAACAAACGCACGGUGCCGAGUUCGCGAGCAGCUUCCGGCCGAUCCAUACAACCCCUGAUCUUUAAAUCGUUGCGGAGAAACAAAGGGAAUGCGUCCACUGUGGGGAAAGAAGACCCUCCUCCUCCUCCGACUUUUACCACGUUUGAACAACAAAGUGACUCAGGGAUCGGCUCGGAAUCGCCCCAGACGCUAACUCUGAUCGAAGAGACUGAGGAGCAUGAGAAAACUGCACUGCCGGAGUCUGAGAUCUGA